CUGAUUCCGAAUUCACCUAAGCCGUAGAUUUGACAGUAAAUUGACAAUUGAAGACUUAUGCCAUAUGUCAUCGACUGCAUGGUACGCUUUGAGGUUAUGUGCAAAGUUUGUGUUUUGGUUUUGGUUUUCAAAAAUGAAAACUUGAAAAAUUAAUUUUUUUUUUUACUUAAACUUUCUUAUAGAACACUUAUUAUCAAUAAUAUCAGCCAUUUGAAUAAUAUAAUGGCGGAGACAACUGAAAAUCCAACAUCAAGUACUGCAGAAGAAGAUGUGAUUCCUGGUUACAAAACUUUGGGUGAUUUCACAAGGGAUGGUUUCAGUUGUCUAAUCCAAGGAAUAAAACAUGCCAACGCAUUGCCUUCUGGUAGAGAUUGGGACUUCUACAAUAACUUUGAAUCGUUUAAACAAGCACUUAAUGACGAAUCCGAAGUCAUAAUGGAUGGAAUGACUUCACUUUUGAAGAAACAAGAUGUCGGUUGUAACAUUCGUCAUCACACAUCUAAUUACCAGAAGAAUAUAUUAUUACAAGCAAAUGAUAUUAUUUUGGGAAGAGUUGCAAUCAAUAUUGAUGUGCUCAAUGGCAUUCGCAGCGCUGUCAACGAACCUGUGAUUUUACAGAGUGUUAGUGCCGAACUACCACUUAACAUUAACGGGUCAUGGAAUAGGAGUAUUGGCACAAAAGUUUCUAUGACAACAUCUGUUGGUACUGUGCCUGUGCUUAGUACCCCUCAAGCAAGAGGCAAUAUAAUUCGACUCUUGACUGCUGAAAAUAUUGUAAGACCGCAAAAAAUGUUCAAAGACAAAAUAGAUAAUCGCAAUGAUUAUGCAUGGGAACCAAGAAUAAAAGACAAACCUAAUUCGCUCAAACCGUUGGCCAUAUUUUUGGAACAGACCGAAAAAGGAAACCAGUUCUGUCACCCCUAUGAAUACGAGCUAGAUAGGUUUACACCUUCAGAUAAUUUUUUAAAUAAAACCAAAAUAAUAAAACCCAAACUUUUAAAAGACACUCCCUUAAUUGAAAUUUCUACACCAGAAAAAUUACCGGGAUUGGUGGAAGAUUUGAUGAAGUUCAAAACAAUUGCAGUGGAUUUGGAACAUCAUUCAUAUAGGUCUUUUAUGGGUAUUACCUGUCUCAUGCAGAUUUCUACGCCUGAAACUGAUUAUCUUAUAGAUACAUUGGCUUUGAGAAAUGAUUUAUGGAUUUUGAACGAAGUUUUUACCAAACCAGAUAUUACAAAAGUAUUCCAUGGAGCAGAAUCAGAUAUUCUUUGGUUACAAAGGGAUUUAUCGCUUUACAUUGUUAAUAUGUUCGAUACAUAUUUUGCCUCUAAACUUCUAGACUACUCUGGACUGUCUUUGGCUUACUUGAUGCAAAGGUUUUGCAAGUUUGUACCAAAUAAGAAGUUCCAAUUGGCUGACUGGAGGAUUCGUCCCUUACCAGACGAAUUGAAGACCUACGCUAGAGAAGAUACACAUUAUCUUAUAUACAUUUAUCAGAAUAUGAGGAAUGAGCUGAUUGACAGGGCGAAUGGAAAGACCAAUUUGCUAAAGUCCGUUAUCGAUUCCAGUAAAGCGCUAUGUCUAAAGAGAUAUGUCAAACCCUUUUGGAACGACGAUAGCCACUUGGAAUUGUAUAGAAGAUGCCGUAGAAUGUUUGACAAUAAGCAAUUGUAUGCUUUCAAACACCUUUACAAAUGGAGGGAUAAUAUUGCUAGGCAAGAAGACGAAAGUACUGGAUAUGUUUUACCAAACAAUAUGCUGUUAGAAAUAUCUGAAAGGCUUCCGAGAGAAAUGCAGGGUAUUUUAGGAUGUUGCAAUCCAAUACCACCUCUAGUUAAAUCGAACUUGCUGGAACUUCACAAGAUCUUGCUUAAAGCCAUUGAACAACCAUUUGAGGAACCAAUAUUAAAAGAAGACACUAGAGCAAAAGGUUCCACAAAAAUAAUGACAAAAAUCAAUGUCGAUAGUUCAUUGUAUUGUCCUCACGAUUUAACAAAAAAUAAAGAUUUUCGGGAAAAUCUUCCCACUCUUCUCAAUUCAGAUAGAGAAGAUCCCGAGGCUCUGAUACAAAACGAUUUUCACCUUGAGAAGCAAAACUCUAUACUUUCUGUUUUUAGGAUUUCCAAAAUAUUGGAUACUGAGAAAGAAAGCCAAGCGAGUGCGAAACUUCGAAAAUUUAAGGAAAAUUUCAAUUUUUUGGGACCGUUUGAAAGAUAUAGGUUAGUGAAACCUUUUAUAGAAGCUAGACAGAAAAAACUGGCUGAGGAAAAAGCCAAGCAAGAAGAAAAAGAAAAGGCCAAAAAGGAAGCAGAAAGUAAUGCUUCUAAUAUUAUUGAUGAUGAUCAGGAUACUCGCACCGAUGAAGAAAGAAUCGAAUCUAUCAGACAACACUUUUUAUCUUUGGCCCGGCAAACAUUACCUCCGUCACUGGAACCACCCAACGAAAGUUCUUUACUGGAAGUGGGCGCAACCAUAAAACGAAAAAGGGAAGGACCCAAAUUACCAGACACCAAUAAGCAUCAAACUUCCGAAAAUCAGACAACGACUUCACCCUUUAUGCCAUUUAAUCCUGCACAAGAAGAUGCUGAUGAACACAAAAAGGUUCCGAAUAAAAAAAGGAAAAUUGCUGAUGAUGAUUCAAGUGUUGUGCCUAAAUUGAGCAGGAGGGAAAAGAACAAGAUGAAAAUGGAUAAAAGGAAACAUAAAAGAGCUUUGGCUCAACAAUCAAAUGAAGAAAGUUUUUCAGGCAAUAAUUCUUUCCAAAAUAUGAAGGGUAGGGGACCUAGAGGAGGUGGUGGUCAUGUCCAAAGAGGAUCUGGAAAAGGCAACAGGGGCCGAGGUGGUAAAUCCAAUAAGAAUAAAAAUAGUAAUAAUCCGCAAAGACCUAAUCAACCAGAAGAAUUCAACUCAUAUGACUAUUCGAUGGUGGACUUUAGGCAAUUUCAAGGUGGCGCCAGAGGAGUCGAAAAGGGCAAAGAAUUCAAAACGCAAUAUAGAGGAAGAGGCAAACCCAAUAAACGUGGAGGUAAAAAUCAAAACAACAGGGCCAUGACUUUUGGAGGUCGAGGCCGAGGCCGAUAAUCAGAUGCUAUUUUAGUUAUUGCAGUUUAUUUUGUUAUUCCUACAUUGUUUUUUUUUUUUUUUUUUUUUCAUAAUUUCUAUUACGAAAAGAGGAAUAUUUGAUUGGCAUGCUUGUUUUUUUUUGUUUCCUACAUAAGUUUAAAAC